GAGAGUGUAAACACGAUACUUCCCAUGCCGUUGCCGCUGCCACUCGCGUUGUCCGGCGCUCCCUCGAUUGUCGGUUUUUCGUGCGCGAGUCAAAGGACUUGCAACGCGAGCGGCAGCGUGUGUUUACAUUCAGCCCUCCCUCGCGCUCACAUGUCGCCCGGCGUUUUGAGCGGAAGGACGUAUUUUUUGCAUUUAAUUUUUUGUCCAUUUCUAGACGUCAGCAUUUACUAAAGUAUUAUUAUAUCUGUGACUAUGUCUACGGUACCACCACUAGAGUGGAGUAAUGAAAAAUUAAUACAGUUUUUGGAAUUGUACGAAAGUGAGAGAAUAAUAUGGGAUCCACGUGAUAAAAAUCAUAAAUUGAAGCAUAAAGUACACGAUGCAUGGAAUCGCAUCAGUACUCAAAUGAACAAUACUCCAAUAGAAGAGCUAAAAUGGAAGAAGAAAUCGCUUAUGGCUACAUUUCGACAACUCUUAAAGAAAAAGAAAGCGUCCAUACGUUCCGGAGCAGGUGCUGAUGAUGUGUUCCAGCCAAUAUGGUUUCCUUUUGAAACUAUGGAAAGAUUUUUAGGCCCACUGUAUGACGUGGAUGAAACAAUUAACACGGAACAAAAGAAUUUUUAUACUGAGGAUGAGGCACAAUCUCCAGAUGUCGAACCGCCACUUCAAUCACCAUCACACCAGCAAAUCAAUUCGCCGUCAUGGCCAGUUCCUUCGCUGUCACAGUCAGUUCCUUCGUCAUCACAGGCAGACCGAUCAUCAACACCAGUACAUAACAGGCCAAACAAAGCCAAAAAAAAACCAAGCCUUGACAUAGAUGAGGCUCAAAAUAAAAUAUCUCAGACUUUAGACACUUUGAACCAAGUGCUAAGAGAUAAAAGAACUCAUACAAAUGAAAACAAUGAAGACGAGUGUGAUCUUUAUGCGAAACUCUUAGCUAAAAAAUUACGAAAAUAUCCCGAGUCAAUACGGGGAACAAUUAUGUACGAAAUAGAUGGGUUACUUUUGCAAAAUCCUUAUCCCACCAUCAACCAUCAAGUUGAUCGACCGUCAAGUGUCUUAUCAAAUCAUUCAACGUCAUCGCAAUCACAGUAUUCAGAUUACCAAGUCACAUCAAACCCACCGAUUCAACAAUCUCAACGUGUUUAUAUCAUGCAACCAACGGUACAGUCUGACUCAUCAGUAGAGAUCAGUAUCCCAGAAAUGAAUGUACCAGCUUCUCCAAGCCAUGAGAUACCACGAACUUCAUCAACACAAUAUAUUAUGUUGGAACCAAGAGUACAGCCCAGAUUCGAAAGAAGUGUUAUACCUCAAAACCAAAUGAAUGUGAUUGAAAGAGCCUACUGGAACGCUACCCAGAAUUGA